UUGGCGGCGGAGCCAGAAGCAGGCGCGCGGAGCCGCGCAGCGCGGUCGUCGUCUCGGCGAUGGGACUCUGCGGUCUGAGCUCGUGCCCGGCGUCGCGUCUUUGUUUUGCCCAAAGGAUGCACGCCCCGCUGCUCUUCGCGGCUCUCUCGCUCGCGCUCCCAAACGCCUGCGAUGUCCUGCUGUCAGCGCCGAAACAUUGCGUUUAGGACCGGCGUUGACGCGCCGGCGAUGUGCUAACAACCCGGGCUCACGUGCCACGCGCUCGUCCUCAGGCGACUCCACUCCGCUUCCGGAAGACCAACGUUGCUUCGUCGUGUCCACUGCGUGACAGUCUCUUCUUUGUCCGCUAGCUUGUGCUCCAUGGACAGACCUCCCGUCUGGGACGAACACUGGGAACUCUCUUGCGAAGAAAAAUCGUCCUCGCGACUUUGACACUCGCGACGACCGUGCAAACUUUCGUGCGUGCGCCUCUGGAACUUUCAAACCCGAGCUGAGCGCGGGCUCUGCUUACCACUCCGUUGGCUCCUGCUUUUCUUGACUUUCGUCGGAGACCAUGGAAGCGUCUUCGGUCGGCUGGCUCCUUUGUAUUCCGCUCCUUCUUUGGACAAACCUCGGCGCUACCGGAAUCGAAGUGGACAGCAGCCCCGUCGGGAGGAAUGGCGCAUCGGGACCGGCCAGCCCGUUGCUUGCCGGCGGCGGCUGCCGACGGCGCCUCUCCGGUAGGCGGGUGCCGGCGGCCGCGCGGCUCCUACGACGUUCGGCGCUGGCCGAGGACGAUGCCGUGGCGGGUUCCGAAGAGGACGAGCUUUUUCUUCCGCUGUCCAAGGGCCUGCGCGUCAUGCGUGACGUCAGCUCUGUCACGGCACUCAAGGGCAAGUCAGUGAGCCUCGUAUGUCCGCUGUACGUCGCCGCCUGGGCUUCCGUCUCUUGGGAGAAAGGAAGCAACAAGAUUCCAUUCAACCACCGCCAGCGUGUCCAGCCAGAUGGCAGCCUGUCAAUCAGCAAUGUGCAGCAAGUAUCAGAUGACGGCAACUACGUUUGCAGAUUUACGGACUCUCGCAACCAGAAGCACACGGGAAACGUCCUGCUAAAAGUGAUCGAGCCUCCAGUCAUCUCGCACUACGAGUUCCGCAAGGACAUGCAGGUUGGCAUGCGCAUCAAGGUGUUCUGCACUGUGGUCCAAGGUGACCCUCCGUUUCUGUUCACGUGGCUCAAAGACGGCGUGCCGGUAGUGGAAAACGGUGCGCCCAGCUCACAGGCGGCAAUCAACGUGCACAACGAGCGUGAUUACAGCAUGCUGUCCACCGACAGCCUGCAGCUCGAGCACUCGGGCAACUACACGUGCGUGGUGAAGAACCAGGCGGCAACCACUGCCUACUCUGCGGUGCUUCGUGUGAAUGAGCCACCAAAGUGGGAUGUGGAGCCGGAGAGCGCAGCCGUGGUGCAGGGUCGCAACGUGCAGCUGCAGUGCAGCGCCUCCGGAACGCCGCAGCCCAUCAUCACAUGGAUGAUCGCCUCCGACUCCACUCGAGAAGAGUUCCUACCACUCUACAACAGCCACAAGUACGGCUUGUUUCCGAAUGGCACUCUUUCAAUUCACCAACUGGAACCCGAGGAGUCAGGGUACUACCUUUGCAAGGCCUCCAACGGCUUCGGCGAAGACCUCAGCAAACUUGUUUUUCUAACAGUGAAACGGCCGCCGAAGUUCGAUGUCAAGUUUCGAGCGCACGCCGUCAAGAGAGGCGAGAAGGCCCGACUCCAGUGUACGGCCAUGGGAGACCUGCCGAUCGCCAUGACCUGGUCGAAGAACAACGACCGGGUCCCCGAAAAGAGCAAGUACAAAGUGACGACGGUGGCGAACCAGUCCUUGUCAAGCGUGUCUUCGAUUCUCGUCGUGUCCACGGAGACAGUGGAGGAUUCGGGCAUCUACAGCUGCUUUGCCAAGAACCACUACGGAUCCGACGAGACCAGCAUGCGCCUCCUCGUGCAAGAGGUACCCGGGCCGCCAGUGAACGUCACAGUGGCCAACGCAACAGGGAACAGCCUCUUCCUGACUUGGGGCGAGCCUUUCCGGGGAAACAGCGCCAUCACCCGCUACCUCGUACAGUUCCGCGAAGCUGGUUCAGACGACGACGCGGCGCUUCGCAACAUAACCACCAACAGCUCCCUCACGUCGGCGACCAUUGGCCCUUUGCGUCCAGCCCGAGUCUUCAGCCUGCGAGUUAAAGCUGAGAACGGCAUCGGAUGGGGUCGCUUCAGCAACUGGGUCACGGCCAACACCGAGGAACACAGUCCUGCAAGCCCGCCACUGAAUAUAACAGCUCGCCCGACCGGUCCGAACUCCAUCAAGAUAUCUUGGGAGCCGCCUAAAGAGGAGGACUGGAACGGCCACCUGAAGGGCUACUACAUCACGUACCGGCCGGCCGGCUCGAACGAGCAGCAUUACCACAAAACGGUGGAGGUGCACAACCCGCACCAGCGCCAGGAGAUACACCUAACCAACCUGCGGCUCUCCAUGUCCUACAGUGUGGCCAUCCAGGCCUUCACUGGCAAGGGCACCGGUCCCAUGUCACGCGAGGUGCUCGUCAAGACCCUCGACGAUGUUCCACCGAGCCCUCCCACCCUCGAGGUUGUCUCUGUGUCAACGAGCUCGGUCACUUUGGGUUGGUCGCUGAAGACGUCGUUCGGGAACCCCGUCACAGAGUACGUGCUUCACCAGCGCAAGGAGGCCGACCACUGGCAGGAGACGCCCAUCUCGACGAUGCAGCCCGUGUACACGGUGCGAGAUCUCGAGUGCGGCACCACGUACCAGUUCUACAUGACGGCGCACAACUCGCUCGGCCGCAGCGAGCCCAGCGACGUCAUCCGCGCAAAGACCGAUGGCGCCGCGCCGCUGUCGCCGAGCAAGGAGGAGUUCAUCCAGGCCUCUCAGCGGCACGCCAGCCUGAGCCUGCGCAGCUGGAAGAGCGGUGGUUGCGAGCUGCUCGACUUCACGGUGAAGCUGCGCCAGGGCGCGGCGCAGGCCUGGGCCACGGUGGCCGAAGGGUUGCCGGCCAACCAGACCCAGCUGCUGCUGCGCAACUUGACGCCCGGCGCCACGUACCACGUGCACGUGGUGGCCCGUUCCACGGCGGGCGCCACCGAGGCCCAAUACGAGUUCGCCACUCCCAAUGGCACCGCGCACGUGGCCUCGGUGGAGGCCACCUCGUCGCAGCCCAAGCGUUCGUCACUGCCUAGCAUGACCGACCUGGAGAUCUUGGUGCCCAUCCUCGUCUCCAGCUGCGUGGUGCUCAUCGUCAUCGUCGUUGGCUGCAUCCUCUGCUCCAGGGAGUCCCUCUGCGCCGACAGGCACUGCGGCCGACCAGACCUGCGCGCGGCGUACUCGGAGGAAGUGGUCGACAUGAAGGACCUGGCCAACACGGCCGAGUGCAUGGCCCGCUGCGAGGACGGUAUGCACCACUCGGCAUCGCAGAUGAACAGCCGCUUCCCCCCUGCCGGACAAUCGAUCUACGCGCAGAGGCCUGUAGUGGAAACCGAGGACGACCGGCACCCGUACGCGAUGCCCUAUGACGUGCUGCACAGCGGUGGGGGCGGAGGAGCAGCAGAAGGAGCCGCGGCGGAAGACGGGAGCGGCGCGGACGGCGCGGGAUGCCAGAACCACCUGGACGGCAGGAACACGCUCAAGCGGCGCUCCGACCUCAAGGAUCACCGCUCCAACAACAUUUACAUCAGUCGUCAGAGCCUGUCCAGGACGAAGCCACGAGACCGGCCUUACGAGUCCCUCAUGGUGAACAUGAACCCGUACCCAGCUGACGGCACGACAACGUCGACGCUCUCUAGGAAGGACCAGGAGGACAUUCAAGUGUGACCCUGGAACGGACGCCGAACUUCCGCUGCCGCUCCUGCUGCCUCAUCCCGCAGUUCGCUCAGAACUCAGUGCUCACAGAAACCGGCGUCAAGUGAACUCGACGCGCCAACUGAGUGAAGUGCAGCGUUCAGGUUCCACCCCCGUCGCAGAAAUCAUCAUCCAGCUUCGGUUUGCUCCGUCCUUUGCGGUGGACGACAAAAGGAACACACUGACCUCCCUUAGCUGCACCAAGGAAUCAUCCGAUCACGUCGUUUGCUCUCCGUUUUCCCCAGGACAAACGCAAUCUUAGUCGCGUUUUCCUUUUAACAGAACAUUGCUGGUAAUUGCAGCAGUUCUCGAUUUCGUGAAACCUGGGACUUCUACAGGUGUCAGUGUUACAGAAGUGCGCCUAGUUAUGAAAUAACGCGAAGCAGGCCAUUCAACACAGACAGGGAACGAAGUCGAAUCUACUAAGUUAUCGUCGAUCUCUCGACUGAUCACAAACUCCUAUAAAGCUAAGUAUUUCUUCGAUACAAAUGUUACCGCUAUUCAUGCUCCAUUCGAGUAAAAACAAGAAGACCUGGGGCAACAAAAAAAAUGAAGAAAAUGCGAGAGAGAAAACUGUGCUAUAAAGGAACAAAAGAAGCCGGCAGGAGUCGCAAGUUUCAACGCUGAAAACGCUCCGCGUGGCUUCUGCGGUUUUAUUUGUGUCAUAUCCGCCGCCCUGGUAGGAAGCGCGCGGAUUAACCCUUAGCACCAAGUAUGCAUACUCACACGUAUGAAUGCCCGCGGGACUAGAAGUGAGGACAGCCAGAGUCAUAACUCAGUAAACAGAGAUGCGAAGGCCAAAUGCUCCUCAUCUGGCGUAUUCUCGUCUCUCCCGCGUUAUGAGCACUCCGUUAUAAAACGCCGUUCGCUGCCUCGCACUUUACUUAAAACAUUAGGAAAAGCUGUUGUCAUUCUUUUUUUUUUCUUUAUUCGCUCUACAGUGACCUCAGUUCUCCGACUCUUGCAACGCUGUCGUAAAGUAGCAUCCAACCGCAUGUUGGUGCGUUGCGAGAGUUCAAGGACAGGUCCUCGAUUCGAAGCCGCAUGUCGUCUUUAUUAUAGAGAAUUUGGCAGACCUGUCCACUAGUUGAGGCCUUUUGCCAUUACCGAUGUUGCACCAUGGAAGUAUGGAGUCUCCUUUCGCAGUUUGUUUUUCUUUCUCUUUGUGUGUGUGUGUGUGUGUGUGUGUGUGUGUGCGUUCUUGUUUUGUUUUCUUGAUCUGCCUUAUUUCAUGCACUUGCUUUCGGCCAGCAGUGUUUUGUCGUCUUCCAUAAAAAAAUGUAGGCACACAACUUGGAAUCAUGCCAGAUCAUUUUCUUCGAUUACCCCAGGGACCAGGGCAGGCUUAAUGAAAGUUUCAUUGAUUUUCUGUUAUUUUUUAUUGAAGCUUUAUUUUUCUAGCGUGAGCGAGUAAAUAAGAAACCUGAUUGCAUUUUUACUGGGUAUGUGGCACUCAAGAGAUUAGUGCAGUGUCGAGGCUAAUGCGAGGAAUUUUUAAUUUUUAUUUCGUACACGUCAUUCAAGUAUUUGCUGUUUCUUCUUGUCAUAUAUCGUGUGACAAUACACGGCGACAGGCUCGUCAUUUACUGCACUCAUAUAUUAUCAACAGAAACAGGCAACACAAGUACUUACGUCAAGAAAAUAAUAUAUUCGAGUGGAACUAAACACACAACAGAAAAGAGGAAGAAAAAGAACUGAGGCAGGAAUUGACCUGCCUACAUUAUUCUACACUGAACCUGUUCGGCGACUGCGUUAAGGUGCCCUGAUACCCAGAGGAACUUUGCAGAAACUAUUUUAAACAAAUUAAGAGACGCUCUGCGCCCUGAAAGGUGACCACCGGGUGCACCUGCACUAUGAUAUAGAUGCUGCCCUGGACCAUAAGGAAAGCCCAACAUUUACCCUACUCCUACUGUAGGGCUCAUCAGUCCAGCUUUUGCGCUGGAUACCUGCCAACAUUCUUCUUUAGAGAGGUUUGUGUGAAGCGCAUGUGUGUAAGGGAGAGAGAGUAACUCGGCUUGAGCACGAACAAACGAAUGACAGUCUGUAAUUGGCGAAACCUUUCAGGAUAAUCAUUAUUCGCAAACACUGUUCUCUGCGAGCAGCCGUGAUGUCGUAACCCCACUGCCAUGCAUCCUUCUUUAUCCCCUCAUAUUAACGCGCACGUAGUUGAAUUGCACUCCAGGAAUGUAAUUGAUCGAAAAGGUACUAUAGCUGUACUUUAUGGCUGCUUUCUUUUAUUGAUUUUUUCGCGACUCGCUUCACACAGCCCGAGAGUAAGAGUGUGCCAGCUAUGUUAGUUGAUCGGAGUGAGCCAGCGGAUGAGUGAAUCUGCGGAUGAGCAGAAUCACCAUGUUUUCUUUUUUAUUUCUGUGUGGUUUUCCUUUUUCCUUGUGAAAGUGUUUCUGCCGUCGCGAUCUGUGAUCUCGAACAGUGUUCACCGGCGCCCCGCUCCACCUGCCGAGUGUGCCGCGAACGUCGUUCUCAGGAUUCACUGUUUUGUCACUGACGCCCGCCGUGUGCCGUACCCGCCGCCGGCGCCUGGACACUAACAAGGUGAACGCGCCCGAAGAUUUUGGAACCAGAGACCAUUCGAUUACAGUGUGCAGCCACGUGCUUUGAACUGUUUUGAGUUUCGCUACAUAGUUAACUUUAGAGAAACUAUUUCCUACCACUGUUAAUACAUUCCCGGAAGAUUGAAAAUGGUUUUAUACGCGGUUGAAAUAAAGAUAUAUUCGACAAAGCG